CAGCUUGCAACCACAAUACAUACUUUGUUCAUUUCCACGAAGCCUGUCAAACUCAGUGUCAAACUCUUUGUUAUCAUCUGUACGCGUGCACUUGAGCGACUGUAAGCGGAACUGAGUGUAUUUAGCAAACUGCUGCUGAUUAGGAUUGUAGACAAGAGACCAGGCUCUCUGUCAGGCCGGGACCUUGCGAAGGCGGCAUUUGUCUUCGGUGCGCUAUAGGAAAUGGAGGCGCCGCUUGUGCAAAUAGACACCUCCAUGGGCUCCUUCACAGUGGAGCUCUACUACAAGCACGCGCCAAGGACGUGCAAAAACUUUGAGGAGUUGGCCAAAAAGGGAUACUACGACGGCACCAUUUUCCACCGAAUCAUCCGGGACUUCAUGUGCCAGGGCGGCGACCCCACUGGCACGGGGCGCGGCGGCGAGUCUAUCUACGGCGGCAAGUUUGAGGACGAGAUCACGCGUGACCUCAAGCACACCGGCGCCGGCAUCCUGUCCAUGGCCAACUCAGGCCCCAACACCAACGGGAGUCAGUUCUUCGUCACGCUCGCGCCCACACCAUGGCUUGACGGCAAGCAUACAAUCUUUGGGCGCGUCACCUCGGGCAUGGCCGUCAUCAAGCGGCUGGGUAACGUUCAGACAGACAACCUCGACCGGCCUGUGACUGAGGUCAAGGUCAUCCGCGCCCGGCCGGUGUGAGCUGGAACAAACGGUGGCGUGUGUGUGGCCAAGCGGACACACACCUUGGCGCAGCAUGGGGGUGUAGCUGGGGUGCAAAGUGGGCUGUGUGCGUGUGAUGGCCUGGCUUGUAGUUUUGAGGGUUGCAUGCGGACGGAGGAUUGAGAGUCACGGUACGGUUGGUGCUGCUGACUUGCAGAUGGAACACAGUUGUGGUUUGGGGGUGCAGCUGUGAUGGAAGGCAGGCGUAUUUGGGCGUAAGGACGUGGGUAGGCAGCUCCGUGUCACCAUCCCGGAGUAAUGAUGUCCCGGCGUGGCAUGGUAAAGCACGCGUGGGGAAAGCCGUGAGUACAGAGGUGGCUACCAAUUCUGGUAUGGGAUGCCUUGGACGCAUGACUUGUUGGCAAGAGAAGCGGCGGUUUUGGGCCCGUGUGAGGCAGGCAUUGCCGCAUUGGUCGUAUGGGCCAUUGGCGGGCGUACAACCUGGCAGCCCACGCUGGCAGCCCUAGUACCUGAUACGUACGAAGAC